CGAAAAAUGUAGCCAUGUCUGACAUGUGGACGGAUAUUAACAACUAGCACCAACAAAAUGAAUUUUGCGAUCAGUGAUAUUUGCAAGGAAACCAGGACUUUUAAAUGUAAUGAGGAUGGGCUGAAUCACGUACACUGUUUAAAAUGACGCAAUAUCUAUCUACUUGACAACUGUCAUGCUCACUCUGUCACUAAAGAUUGUGCAGACUUGUUCAGAGGCUAAGAUGGCGGCGCCCUAGUUGUUUCUCGUCAACAUUGGGUCAACGUUAGUUCAACGUUUAAAGUUCUCUAGUAUACCAGUAAUCUGAUUUCUGAAGCAUUUUGUGAGGUUGGUUAUCUAAUAUGACAACGUAAUUCUGGAGCAUGUGCGAUGUUUAAUUAAUAUCUCCCCGAAUUUGUCGAUUGUACAACUGCAACUUUUAACAGCACGAACGCCACAACGCAUUGAAGUGACGAAUGGCUUUCACAUCUCCAAGAAAUACUUUGAGUUACAACAUCAAACCAGUGUUAUUUCGUCGCGCUACAUCUGGUACAUUGAAACCAGGGGUAUGUAGCUCCGACACCGACGACAAAGAUGGAACCAGGAACAGGGGGUUAACUGGCGAAGACGCCAGAAAUUUCUACGAAAGCGUUAUAUCAGAACCAUCCUCGUCCACUAAUGUUGAUUCUAAACGGACUUCAAACAAAACUAACGGACAACUUAAACGCCGCUCAAGGAGACGAACCAACCGAGCCGCCAUUGUUCAGGCAUUUCACACAGACGGCCGACUAGUCGACACAUUUCUGUGUUCGGCACAGCAUGGAGAAUUAGACAAAUUGAAAAUAUGCUUGGAGAGAGGAUGCGACAUUGAUGCCCGCGACAGGUUUUCAUGGACCGCUCUUAUGUGUGCGACAUAUAGUGGACAAAAUCACAUUGUGGAAUAUUUAAUUAGAUUAGGCGCUGACAAAAAGCUGGUAAACUCAAAAGGACAGACCGCCCUCGAUUUGGCAGUCAAAGCUAAUCAUCGCAAGAUUAUAGAUAUGCUAUCUGGUGAUGCAGAGAGAACAACGCAAUCGGCAACAACAAGAAAGAAACAGAACAAACGGUUUUGGUGUGAAAUUUGCAAAACAGAAUACAUUGAAUCGGAUAAAAAAGAACAUGAACAUUCUACGGUGCAUUUAUUCAAUAGCAAUCACAAGUCACUGCCAACUCAGUAUUACUUGCCAGAAAGUAAUAAAGGGUUUCAAAUUAUGGUAAAAGAUGGAUGGGACAAGGAGCAGGGUUUGGGUCCUGGAGGAUCCGGUUCAAAAUUUCCUGUCAAAACCAUUUUGAAACGAGAUAGACAGGGUUUGGGAUUGGACAAAGAUAAAAAAGCGAGAGUGACGCAUUUCAAGCCAUAUGAUGUUGCGGCCAUUCGUAGACCGGAUAAGCAUAGAAAGAAUAAAAGUAUACAAUUGAGACCAGCAACUGUUAGCAAAAGAGCAAGGCAGAAACAGGAAAUGAAGGAGAAAGCGUGGGAGCGAGAUCUUCGUAGAGAAUUUAAUUCAUGA